UUGGACCCCGUGAGCCAGCGCCGACCUAUUUAGAGACCAGCUCCUCUGCAGCAGAGCGGCGCCCGGAUCAAUGCGGCUGACUGGCCUCGGAUGGGUCGACGACGGACGCUCUGCGGCCUCAGCCAGAGGUCGAGUUGUUUACCCCACAGCACUGAUAGGGGAAGCUCUAUCUCUUUUUAACUUACUGUAAAUGUGUCACAUCGUGGACAUGAUGUCAUCGGUAGUAGAGAGCAAACAACUGGGGCUGUGAGGAAGCAGCCACCUGCUGUAGUAUCCUCCCACUGCAGCUAGGACUUAUGGCAGAGGAGGAAGAGAAGCCCAAGAGACGCGUUCAACAGACCGGCUGCAAGGCUCCGACACCAGACAGGAAUUCAGAAGCUGCAGGUGGGACUGAAAAUGGAGUCAAAUCUGACAGGCAACGUGGAGCUUAACUCUACCGCUAAGUGUCCACUCAUUGAUGACUUCCGUAACCAGGUGUACUCCACGUCCUACUCCCUCAUCACCGUGCUGGGCCUGUUCGGGAACGGCUUCGCCCUGGUGGUGCUGCUCCGAACGUACCGCCAGAGCUCCCCCUUUCACAUCUACAUGCUGAACCUGGCUGUGUCCGACCUGCUGUGCGUGAUGACGCUGCCUCUGAGAGUUCUCUACUACGUCAACAAGGGCCAGUGGAACCAGGGGGAUUUCCUCUGCCGCGUCAGCUCCUACGCCCUCUACGUCAACCUCUACUGCAGCAUCUACUUCAUGGCCGCCAUGUCCGUCACGCGCUUCUUGGCCAUCGUCUUUCCCGUGCAGAACAUGCGUCUGGCGACGGAGACCCGUGCUCGCCUGGUGUGCGGGUUUGUCUGGGUGUUCAUCUGCCUCAUGUCCUCGCCCUUCCUGAUGUCCGGCCAGCACUUUGACCCCGUCACGAAUAAGACCAAGUGCUUCGAACCCCCAAACGAAGACGGCGUGUCGAGACUAGUCGUGCUGAACUAUUUGUCCGUGGUGGUGGGCUUCGCCGUGCCUUUCCUGGUCAUCCUGCUCUGCUACGCGGGCAUCGUCCGCGCGCUGCUGUCCCGCACCAGCUCCGCCCGACGCCAGCAGGGGACAAGCGCCAGGGCCAUCCGAAUGAUCGUCAUCGUCCUGCUGACCUUCCUGAUCUGCUUCAUGCCGUACCACGUGCAGCGCACCAUCCACCUGAGCUUCCUGUCGCGGACGGACGCCACCUGCUCAGAGAAGGUGGCCAUGCAGAAGUUUGUGGUGGUGACGCUCUGCCUGGCCGCUUCCAAUUCCUGCUUCGAUCCGCUGCUUUACUUUUUCUCCGGAGAGGGUUUCCGCACUCGCUUGUCCUCCCUGCACAAGUCGCUGAAGGGCAGCACCCUAAAUCGUUUAGCCAGAAUGAAGCCCUCCACAAUCCGAGAGUCUGGGAGAACCGACAGCUGAAGGGCAGUUAGUUUGCACGUGACCGGCAGGCGUCUCAGGAUUUGUCUCCCCGUUGCCUUUAAUUACUGAAGAAAGCGUUUUUCAAGACAGGUUGAAUGUCACUAAAAUUUAAGUAUAUUUAAAUUUCAUAUUCUAAUGAAUAUGUAUAUUAUUUAUGAAUUAAACAUCUCAAACUUUGCCCCCCCCCAUUUCCCUCAACCAAUCAAGACUUUUUUUAUGUUAUCUUUUUAUUUUGUUCCCCGUGGAAGCACGCCAGAUUUCUUCAGAAAUUGAAGGUAACACGGGGUGUGUAAUUGAUGCUGACAUGAUCAUUCUAGUGGGUGCAGUAUGGGUGGAGAUGAAAAGCAGCAAACAGCUUAAUCAUGAAGACAGUAUUUAAACACCCAAGUAGCAAGUGUCAAUUGUUUCAUAGAAUGAAAAGUGCACAUAUACUUUGUUCUGCCUGACCAUUAAAGAAGUAGCCAUGAGCUGAAUGUGUCCCAAAAUGUGGAACUACAAAUAUGAAUGUACAGUAUCUAAAUCAAUGUAUGUAUUGUAGAUACUUUUGUACUUUUUUUGUUUAGUCGUGUAUCACAAAACCUGCAUAUGAAAGAAGGGCGAAACUGUGCUGUGUUCACUACUGUUGAACUUUGCUGCUUCUUCCAUCAUUGUUAUUUUGUUGGCAAUUUUCUAGUAAUGCAAAUAUUUCUAUUAUGAGCUGUAGUGUUUUUCCAUGCUUAUAAUGACUUUCAUUCAAUUUGAUUUAAAAAUAGUUGUUUCAGUGCUUCUGAUUUUUUAUAUUUUUGUACGUGUUUUCCAUUAAUAAUAUUGAUGUUCUGGAAUGUGUACCGUUAAAGGAUUAGUUUGACUUUUCCUUUGUUCUCGAGAGUAACUUUUAUUAUUGUAUGGUAAAUAAGAACCUUCAGCAUACUCGAACUUAGCUAAGCAUAAUGACUGGAAAGAAGGGAAACAGGUAGCCGACUCCACUCACCUCAAGGCUCCCCAAUUAACAGCGGUUGAGAUGAGGUGUGUUUCCCGUGCUUAUGCUGUACUAAAAUAACCCGCUACUGGCAUUGAGGUAAGAUGGUAAUUUAAAGGAUUUACAACAGCGUAGGUCAAAGUGCAGACAAAAUACACAGGAGGCAUGAAAAACAAGGGAAAGAAGAAGAAACGAGAUGGUCAAAAACAAUUCCUCAUUUUCGCAAAAAGAAAAAUAACAACUGAAAUCUUGCCACUGCCCUAUGCAAAUACUCUUUCAUGUAAUUUAUGUCAGCUGUAUGAAUAAAUUAUCAGUUCAGUAAAAUCACUGCCUACAUGUGAUGGAAGUUACCAAUUCUGUCCACAAGGUGUCGCACCAGUACACACAUUGUUGUUUCCUUCCAACCAAUUCAAAAAUAAACAUCUUCUCUGCC